GUGAGUACAGUCUCGAAACUCUACGCUUCUCUGGCCCGCCGUCCCGGCUUCUUUCUUCCUUGCUACUUACUGCCCAGUCAUCUCUCGAUUCCGCCGGAACAUCGUCUCGCCAUGGGAUUAGCGUCUUCCUCGAUAGCCUUUGCCCUCCUGGCUACCGCGACCGUUUCGGCGUGGGAUCACCUCGCGGCUCGCCCCAUCCUGGCCCCUGGCUACGACUUGUCAAAGAUGGAAAAUGUCAGGCCGUCUUCUGACGUUGUCCUUGGUUACGACGUGGGCUUCGGCAGCGACCCUGGCGCCAGCGUCACCGUUGCUAUACAUGUCAACCGUCCCGCCGUGUUGCUGGAGGCCGUAGGGGUGGUGCGUGACGUCGAUUGCACGUCUGACGGUGUGACCGUGUCCUUCAGCAACAAAGACACAUUCCUCCAUGCCAUGCUGCAUUGGCCCCAAGAUGCAGGUUUAUAUCUGAUCACAAACCAUGCCAGUAACUGCGAUACCGGCAGUGACAGGGGCGCCCACUACGUCUCUGGCCUCAGUUGGGAUCUCGGUUCCAUGACGGUAAGGGCACAGACGGAGAGGAGAGACCUCAAAGAAAUUGCAUCUACCCUGAGGAUCCUUAUCUCGCAGGAGGAUAAUAACGCCCCGAAGCCCGACCAGGACGUCACGAUCAACCUGCCCCAGAUCAAUGCCGCAUCCAACUUCUCGAUUCCCGGAGAGAUGGUGAUAUUUUCUAGCCCGCCCAAUUUCACCGCUUCGGUGAACGGCGGACGUCUCAGCAAUACUAUCGCUAUCCAAGGCCACUUGGAGUAUGACGUCGAGAAGCAAAAGUUGGUGACUGCGUGGUUCAACAUGGAUGCGUCUCUCUUCAUUGACUUGGGCCUUACCUUCCGAUUCAAGGGUGCCCAAAAAAGUUGCGGCGUAGUUUUCUACCCUGGAUCCUUCUCGCCUAGUCGGAUCUACAUCCCCGGCAUCCUUAACCUCCAGCCAACGCUCCACUGGUCGAUAGGCGCCGACAUUGGUUCGGAUGGACCCUUGGCGCACCAAGACAACCUUACGGCAAAUAUAGGUAACGGCCAUGUACAUCUGGACUUCGUAAACGACAACGAAACAAAAUUCACCGGGUGGACGCCGGAUUUCUCUACCUCCUACUCUACAGAGGGGGUGGGCACAGCCCAUUUCUCUCCCUCAAUUGACUUUACCGCCGAACUCGCCGUUAACGUGAUGGAAGGUACUUACUCUUCGACCGGUGGAUUCACCACGAACUCGCAGCUGUUAAACCAGAUAAGCCCAGCGGCGAAGCGUGAACAGCAACAGGGAAUCCAGAAACUCAGGAGAACUUGGAGAAUCCGAAAAGGGCAGCAGAACAUGCACUUGCCGCGAAACUCCACCUGCCACGGCGGGUAUGAACUCACCUCCUCUUUCAACCUCAGCCUCGUCGCAUAUGUGGUGGACGAAUGGGAGGAGACGCAGUAUUCGAUCAACUUCCCCAUCGCCGACCAGUGUUACUAUCCUUGAUGCCAAUAGCUAGGCGAUCGAGCCUCGGGAGCUGAAGGACCUGGGCAAAGACCGGAACAACACGCACACACUUUAACCGUGCUAUAGCUUACUGUAUUAGGCUGAUAUGGGGAACGAAUUAGGCCAGUUAGCAACGACGAGAGCUGAGAUAUGGUUAUGAGCGGAGGGUUUGGGGAUCUGGUAGAGAUCGUGCCCCUAAGAACGACCUUAGGUAAUGAAAGUAGGCGAGAUUUCAAGGCUUAGAGAGAGGGUACCGUGUAGCGUAACCAAUCAAGUACAUCGUCAUCACGUGCGCGGAAAACAGGUGGGGACAUUAUGAAAGUUAUGUAA